AUGCGCCUCCACAUGGCCACCGACACCGGCAAGGAUCUCAUAAAGAAGGUUGGCCUUGUCUACCAGCUCAACAUUGCCCCCAAGAAGCUCGGCGUCGACAAGGAGAUCUUCGUGGGCGACCUUAAGAAGGGCGAGGGGAAGCCGGAUGCUACCAUCUCCUUCACUGACAACGAUUUCCUUGUAAUCACCAGCGGCAAGAUGAACCCGCAGAUUGCAGGAGCUAUUAAGAUCAAGGGGAGCAUAAGCGCCGCGCAAAAGUUCACCCCUGACAUAUUCCCCUAG